AAAAGCUGUGUUGUCAGACAGCUGUUGUAAGAAAUCCUUCUUCUUCUUCUUCUUUGCAUUAACAUAAAUGCAAUGCAUUACAUUACACUACUGAAGUAGUUGUAUUUCCAUUUUUAUUAGACCAAAGCUGGAGACACACUAGCCUAUAUGGCUGACUAAAUGGGAUAAAGCUGUCCAGAAAGCUCAGUUGAUUUCACUUGGAAAGCUGCUGAGCUUCAUAUGGUGCUGUGCACGGUAAGCCUCUUAGGAAUCACGACCACAGCAGAUGUAGCGAGAAUGCCAAUCAGGAGCUCCUGCUGAGAGGAGAAACUCGCCGGCUGUGCCACUGCGCGACUCAAUUCUGCCAAAGCGCAAAAGACACAGUCCUAAAUAUAUUGUUUGGCGCUUCCUGUUUGCACUUCACAAACCUUGACCUGCUGCAGACAUACGUGAGCUGUCAAUGAGAGCAUGUAGAGCGCAAAGUCUCCAAAGAAUCUGAACCGUCAGACAGCUACAACAAAUCCUCCCGCUCGCAGAGCCAUGCUUCCGCAGGAUGUCGGGAUGCAGAAGCCACGGCGUGUGUCAGAGCCUCUGUGCCGGGUGGACACCCCCGCGGUCCCGCCUCGGCUCUUAAAGAACCGGGAGUUCCCUCUGGCCGUGAAGCGGCGGCGGUCAGGUUCCGCACCUGAGCGCAAGGUGAACUGCGUCCUGGUUGGAGAUGGAGCUGUGGGCAAGACGAGCCUGAUCGUGAGCUACACCACCAACGGCUACCCAACAGAUUAUGUUCCUACAGCGUUUGACAACUUCACAGUGAUGGUUGUUGUUGACGGAAAACCUGUGAGACUGCAGCUCUGUGACAUGGCUGGACAGGACGAGCUGGAGCGCCUCCGCCCGCUCUGCUACAAGAAUGCAAAUGUCUUCCUCCUCUGCUACAGCGUGGUCCGCCCCUGCUCUUUUCGCAACCUGAUUGACAGGUGGGUCCCUGAGAUCCAACAGCACUGUCCUGGAGUGCCCGUGGUCCUUGUGGGCACACAGCUGGACCUUAGGGAGGAUGUCCAGGUGCUGAUCAACCUGGCACAGAUACAGGAGCGUCCGGUCAGCUCUGAGGAGGGUAUGCAGCUCGCCCAGGAGCUUGGGGCGGUGAGCUUUGCAGAGUGUUCGGCGCUGACCCAGAAGAACCUGAAGGACACAUUUGAUUCAGCAAUCUUAGCCAGCAUUGGGCAGACCGACAUUUGCAGUGUCCAGCAGCAGAGGAUGACUCUCAGGAAGAAGACCCCUGAUAAAAUCAAGAGCCUUUCUGAGACCUGGUGGAGGAGGAUCAACUGUCUUAUGGGAGAGCAGAGCUGUGACUUCAAAUGAACAGCUGCAUAAUGUCAAACCUGGGUCAGAUCAUGAGUGCGGAUAUUUGGAUCCAUAAGGUUCCCAGAUGGGUGGGGAUCAUUGCUACACAGGACAGCACUUCAAGUUUCAGAAAGAGUUCAGAAAUAAUUUAUAUAUAUUCACUGGAUCUGCAUAUAGACAAAGAAUCUGUAUUUAUUUGACAUGACUCAGGCUUUGGAUUGUUGGGGUUUUUGUUUGUAUUGUCUAAGUUGUAUUGUCUAUCAGCAUUUCAGAUGGCUUUGCCUGUUUGUAGAAAAACUGUCCUUGUAGGGAGCAUAAGAUUUGGCAUGCAAUACAUUUGAACAUAAUCCUCAUUCCUAUCAGUGAUCAUCUGACAACAAUUUAGCUUCAACUCAUCGCUCCAAAAAAAACAUCUGCAUGCAAGUUUACCUAACAAACAAGAGCAAUGCACACUUACAUUACGUUAGCUGUCUUCUUUUAAUGUUAAUUGGCACACCAGCUUUGUGGUGAAACUUUGUCACAAGUACAAAAUGAUUUGACUUACUACGAAAUAAUUUGAUUGUUUGAAAAGGAGGAGGAUAACCCCACCAACCUCCAAGAAGUUAUACCAAUCCUGAAAUAAAUCCAGACCCAGGUUUGGUUUGGUGUAAUGCUUUGAAUCUGACUGUCCAACAGUCUAAAGGAGAUUUUAACUUUGAUUGUGUCUUAAAGUAUGUUGUCACUUUUCAUCCUAACAGCACUAGAACUGUGAUUGAAUGUUAGUUUAUAGGUUAUUUAUUUAUUUAUUUAUUUAUUUAUUUAUUUAUUUAUCUAUUUAUCUAUUUAUCUAUUUAUUUAUUUAUUUACAUUUUCUCUAUGCCAUUCA